AUGUUCACCACAGAGCGGGGAAGAAGCGAGAGGGAGAGCAGCCGCAGGGGAGCAGUGUGGGCCACAAUGUGGUCAGAGAUGGGGAAGAAGUCCAGGGGCCUCCUGUCUCUCAUCCUCCAGAGUCCAGGGGCCUCCUGUCUCUCAUCCUCCAGAGUCCAGGGGCCUCCUGUCUCUCAUCCUCCAGAGUCCAGGGGCCUCCUGUCUCUCAUCCUCCAGAGUCCAGGGGCCUCCUGUCUCUCAUCCUCCAGAGUCCAGGGGCCUCCUGUCUCUCAUCCUCCAGAGUCCAGGGGCCUCCUGUCUCUCAUCCUCCAGAGUCCAGGGGCCUCCUGUCUCUCAUCCUCCAGAGUCCAGGGGCCUCCUGUCUCUCCAAUCCUCCCAGAGUCCAGGGGCCUCCUGUCUCUCAUCCUCCAGAGUCCAGGGCCUCCUGUCUCUCAUCCUCCAGAGUCCAGGGGCCUCCUGUCUCUCAUCCUCCAGAGUCCAGGGGCCUCCUGUCUCUCAUCCUCCAGAGUCCAGGGGCCUCCUGUCUCUCAUCCUCCAGAGUCCAGGGGCCUCCUGUCUCUCAUCCUCCAGAGUCCAGGGGCCUCCUGUCUCUCAUCCUCCAGAGUCCAGGGGCCUCCUGUCUCUCAUCCUCCAGAGUCCAGGGGCCUCCUGUCUCUCUCCUCCAGAGUCCAGGGCCUCCUGUCUCUCAUCCUCCAGAGUCCAGGGGCCUCCUGUCUCUCAUCCUCCAGAGUCCAGGGGCCUCCUGUCUCUCAUCCUCCAGAGUCCAGGGCCUCCUGUCUCUCAUCCUCCAGAGUCCAGGGCCUCUGUCUCUCAUCCUCCAGAGUCCAGGGGCCUCCUGUCUCUCAUCUCCAGAGUCCAGGGCCUCCUGUCUCUCAUCCUCCAGAGUCCAGGGGCCUCCUGUCUCUCAUCCUCCAGAGUCCAGGGGCCUCCUGUCUCUCAUCCUCCAGAGUCCAGGGGCCUCCUGUCUCUCAUCCUCCAGAGUCCAGGGGCCUCCUGUCUCUCAUCCUCCAGAGUCCAGGGCCUCCUGUCUCUCAUCCUCCAGAGUCCAGGGCGGCUCCUGUCUCUCAUCCUCCAGAGUCCAGGGGCCUCCUGGUCUCUCAUCCUCCAGAGUCCAGGGGCCUCCUGUCUCUCAUCCUCCAGAGUCCAGGGGCCUCCUGUCUCUCCUCCUCCAGAGUCCAGGGGCCUCCUGUCCCUCUCCUCCUCCAGAGUCCAGGGGCCUCCUGUCCCUCUCCUCCUCCAGAGUCCAGGGGCCUCCUGUCCCUCUCCUCCUCCUGA